AUGAUUAGGUUAAACCCGGAUACUGCAGACCGCUUUUUCCGCCUUCAGCAGUUAUUAGGGAGGCGUAAGAUUAAACGCGCUUCGGCUUCUAGUGUAGUUAAUUGGUUGAUUGACUCGUCGAACCACAUACUCACGGCCCUGAUUGAUGGAUCGCUGAAUAUAGCAGAUGUUCCCGAGGAGGUUAGAAACGCGGAUGUUUCCGCGGGAGCUGGCGGAACUGGCGGAGUUGGGGGGGGCAAAACUAGGGGGAACGUUGCGGGGGCAGGCGGGUUCGGGGGAAGCAAGUUUGCGGAGCUGGAAGCUGCGCUGAAGAAGUUUGCCGCAGGGGAGCCGCGGGUUCGCGUGGGGGGUGCACGGGUUGGCGCGAGGGAGGCGCAGGUUGGCGCAGCGGAAGCGCGGGUUGGCGCGGCGAACGCGGAGGGGGGCGGGGGAGAGCGGAGCAUUUUGGGGGAAGCCAUGGGGGAAGAGGGGAUUGCGGAGCGGAAAAGGACAGGGGCGCAGGGCAGGGGGGGUGUUGCUGGGGGGAGACAGGGAGGUGUUCCUUUAGGUAUUGCUGAGGCCUCAGGUCCUGUCAGCGCUUCAGGUUCUGCAGAGCCUCCAAGCAAAGAGACUCAGGUGAAUGCUCAGGUGAAUUUUGAGAGCUCUGGCCUGGGAAUGCCAGAGGAGUUUUCUCAGGUGAAUAAGCAGUAUGCUCAGGUGGGUGCUCAGGUGGGUUUUGAGCAUGAGCUAGAUGUGGAGGGGGACGCUCAGGAGGAUCAGGAGGAGCACGCUGACCCUGCUUCACCCCUCCCUCACGAUCCCACCUCCCUCCCCCGUUCCCGCCCUCACCACCCCACCUCUCUCCCUCCUUCCCUCUCCCACCAUACUGCCAACCUCCCUCCCUCUCUCCCUCACCGAUCCGACACCCUCGCUUCUUCCCUCCCUCCGUCCCUCACACGUCACGCCAGUCAAAACGACUGGGUGGACAUAUCCGGUGCUGGAGAAGGAGCAGGAGUGCAAAGCGGCGUGGAGGAAUUGAAUGCGGUGGAAGGAGUCGAACAGGCUGGAAAAACGGUUUCGAAGGGUCGAGUGGAAAGGGAGGAUGGUGAAGAAGAGGAGAGUGAGAUGGACGGUAGUGAACAUCUGCUAGAGUCGAGUAUAUACGCGCAUGAGGAGGGGAUUGGAGGGAUAGGGUUGGAGUUUGGUGGGAGGGAGGGUGGUGGAGAGGAGAUUAUAGUGGCUAUUGAUUCGGAUGAUGAAGAGGAGGUGGUGGUUGCGUAG